GCCACGUCGCUUUGCUCGCCAUCUUUUCAGUCACUGGAGUAAGAAUACGCUGAUAAAGGUGUCUGCGGGCAAUUCUUUGUGACUUUACACCGGCACAGAACAGGAACGAAGCCAAGGCUGUCCAGCAGAGUUUUGGUUUCACCGGAGGCAUCAUCUUGCAGAGAGCAGAAACAUGAACAUUUUCAGACUCACAGGGGAUCUCUCCCAUUUAGCAGCCAUCAUCAUCCUGCUGCUUAAAAUAUGGAAAACCAGGUCUUGUGCCGGUAUUUCUGGAAAAAGCCAGAUCCUGUUUGCCUUGGUUUUCACUACCCGUUACUUGGACCUGCUCACCUCUUUCAUUUCCCUUUACAACACAACAAUGAAGGUGAUCUACAUUGGAUGUUCGUACGCUACAGUUUACCUCAUCUACGCCAAGUUUAAAGCCACCUACGAUGGAAACCACGACACAUUCAGAGUGGAGUUCCUGGUCGUCCCAGUGGGUGGCUUGGCCUUCUUGGUCAAUCACGAUUUCUCUCCUCUGGAGAUCCUAUGGACCUUCUCUAUCUAUCUGGAGUCUGUAUCCAUCCUGCCUCAGCUCUUUAUGAUCAGUAAGACUGGAGAGGCUGAGACCAUCACCACCCACUACCUGUUCUUCUUGGGUCUCUAUCGCGCUCUCUAUCUCAUCAACUGGAUCUGGCGCUUCUACUUUGAGGGCUUCUUUGACAUGAUCGCCAUCGUGGCUGGAGUGGUUCAGACAAUCCUCUAUUGUGACUUCUUCUAUCUCUAUGUAACAAAAGUACUGAAAGGAAAGAAGCUGAGUCUGCCAGCCUAAGUGCCAAAGACAGCGCCUUGGCAGACUCACGACGGGGGCCACAGGACACCGUCACUCGCUGGCUAACGUAAGAUGUCUGAGACGCAGCGCGAAAGGGAGCCAUUACUGUAUUUUCCCUGAAUACUGAUCCAUGUGACGAGCUCCAGAAUAAAAUGGUCGCCAUUCCGCAGCUGUCCUGGCCUUCGGAUUCCUGUUUUAUGCAUCUUUCCUUAAACUUUUUAGUACUAUGUAUAAAGGAAAAUGUAAGAAAAUUUUUCUAUAUGAAAUGCGUACUCUACGAUUUGAUUUGCAGCAUCAUAGAGCUGAAAACAAACAAACAAACAAACAAAAAGCACCUAAAAUUUGUUAAUGUACAGUUGUCAUGGAGACUUAUGAUAAUGAUUGACUUAAGUUUGUAAGUAUUUGCAAUCGAAAUAAAUGUACAUUGGUUUUUUUUUUUGUUUUUUCUUUUCUUUUUCUGAAACGCAAAUGGGAAUGUUUGUUGGACAAAUUACUCCCUGUGGCAGAACAGUUUUAUUUCUGCUGAGGUUUGUUUUCACCUAGUGUACAUUCCUUUGUUUAAAAAAAAAACAAAAAAAAAAAACAACAAAAGUGCCAUGUAAAAUAGAAUGGUUUUCCCUAUAUUCUGGUCAGCUCCUGGUCUCAUGCAAUGAUAAUGGCACAGUCUCAGUGUUUGCUGAAAUUUGUGUGGCACAACGGUUUCUGAAUUCUAACGAGGUGGGUAUUAAUGUCCAAAAGCAAAUACUUUGAUCAGUAUCUUGUUAUUAGGGUCAGUGUUCUCCUGAGUCAUGCUUCCAUGGAGAUACAGUAUUGUUGAAUUGCUCUUUUUUUCAUAGCAGUUAAUGGCUUCCUUCAAAUUUAGCAGUUUCCUUUUGCAUUUAUCUGAACAGUCAAUCCUUUGAUUUCUUUUUUUUUUUAUUUCUUUCUUUCUGUUUAUUACCCAUUAUAUAAAUGGUCACUCAUUUCAAAUAUGCUAAUCU